AAGGCGGCUUACAUCUCCGUGGCGGUAAAAAUUGGGCUUGUCAUUAUUAAAGUUUAGUUAUUAAGAUGUCUAAGUAAAACUAUGCAAGACUAUUGUUAUGCAUAUUAUGACCAUUGUAGUUUAGUAGUCUUGUUCAUGCUCAUAAAUGAGGUCGUAUAUUUUAACUCACAUAUUUAAAGAGAUCUAAAGUUCAGAUUGUUAAGUUCUAUAUAUAUCACAACAGUUUUUCCCGUGCUCUUCUUCAAUGAACCUUAACUUUUGGUGGUUAAUUAAGUCGUGGCGAUUAAAGGGUAGGUCACUGUUGGAUAUGAACAGUUGACUGAGGCGACCAAACUAUGUUCAGUCUACCUAUAGUCUGUUUGUAUGUGUUCCUUCAGUAUGAAUAGCUUUCCAUAAGCAUUAAGUGUCCAGUUAACAAGUAUUUGAGCAGACAGUUGUUCGCGGAUUUAGGAUCUUUGAGGAACGAUUCAUUUAUUCAAAUAAUUCUGGAUGGAGUAAAAGCUUUUGUUUAACAGGAUUCCGUAUCUAGUAGCAGUGGAUCACAGAUGCCUCCGAGUUUGAACCUAUAUGUAUUUAACGACAAAAGAGAAAUAUUAGUGAAUUUUAGUGAAAUUCAGUCCAUAGCCCUUAAGAAUAUGUCGUCUUUUAUUAAAGGACUCCUGGGAAGUCGCUUCGAAUACCUCGGUCGGCAGAUAAUUCCAGAAUUUGACUAUCCGUAUAAAGUAAAAGUACACUUACAGUCCCUUCUGCUAUGUUGGGUCUAAUUUCUGGGCGUUAUCCUAAGGUUUGCGUUGGAACUCAGCUUACUUAGGCGUUUGAGGGGAUAUCCAGUAGUGUUUAGGAUGCUAUAAAUCAUUAGGUCACCUCUUGAGCGCCUAUACUGUAAUGGAUAACGGUUCUGUGAUCCGAGGCAUCUUUCAUAAGGUUUGAAUUUAAGUCUUCGCACUGAUGUCAUGGAUCGCCUUUGGAUACGUUCCAAUGUGUUCUUAUGCUUUUGGAGUGAGGGGGGAAACGCUAUAUUUCCAUACUCUAAAUGGGGUCGAAUAAAAAUGAUUAAGUGAGAGAUCCUACCUUUAAGCUGGCCAGAAAUGUGCUUCAGCGCUACCUAUGUUCCUCAUUCCAAUAUCUCAUCAGUUCAAAAUAGUUGCAUAACCAUAGUUGCUAACAUUCAUAAUUAUUUAGUGUACUAACUCUGUGAUAGACUAUACGUUUGUUUUGCCUCACUGUCAUUCGUCGUUUCUGCUUAUUGUCAUCUAUUUUCAAAUUUUUGGUAAGUGAUUCCAUAUAUACUCAGCCACUGUAAAAGUGUGUGUUUCACCCACUUCAAGCUGGACGAUCAGCUUAUUAGGCUAGGCUUUAGUUCUUGGUGAUAUUAAAUGAAGUCAUUAAGGUUCGUGGUUACUAGAGAUUCACGACUAUUCAUCAAUAUACACUAAAUCACAGUACCUCAUUUCUUUAUUCAACUAUACGUACAAAAGUGUAUGCUAAUCGGGUUACAUUAUAUAUUACUUGCAUUUAUGCUACAUUUGUAAUUCAAAAUUAACAGUUUCUGCAUUUCAUGUGGUCUAGGCUGAUAUACUUUCAUACUACAUUACCUCGGUUAAGUGGUCAGACACGACUUUCAAUCACUGGGUUGCAGUCUUGAACCUUUUUUAUUUCCGUUUAGCAAGUUUGGUAUGUUCCUCAGUCCUCGCAAAAAGUAACAGAAAGCCGAUCACAAUAACAUUAUCAAUCACUCAAAACACACCACUUCUAUUUUAUUAGUUAUGUGGCUCCUAAAGCUCCACACAUUUUUUGUCCUAUUUAUUUACUACCAUAUUUCCUCCUUUCAAUGUCCAGGAAUAUGGUUACUCUCUCCAACUCUAAUAGAUUUGUCAUCAAAUGAUGGGGCAUUAUUGAUCGGGAAAAUAAUUAAAUUCUGUAUGUCGUGGAUAAAUCCUAUUGUUAGUAAUUUUUGGUCAAAAAAUUACGCUUCCAUAACUUUUUAAAUUUCAAAGCUCCAUACUUAUUUUCUAAAUUUCCACCACUCAGUUACAUCUAAUGGCUAGUCAGAAUUCCAAUUUAUCACAUCGUCGCACUACCAUGGUUGGCGACAGUGAGCAACAAAUUACGAGUUUCAAUGCUAAUAGUGCUGCUUUUCACACGGAAAACGACAAUUCCAUACCUUCGUUUGAUGAAGAAAUAUUUGAUGCUUGUCGCAAUGGGGAUUUGGCUCUUGUAAAAUGUCUACUGGAAAAUGGAGUUAAUGUUAACCUCAUAGAUACUUCAGGUCGAAAGUCGACACCGCUACACUUUGCUGCUGGAUACGGUCGUCGAGACGUUGUUAGUCUUCUCUUAGAUCACAAUGCAGAUGUUUCUGCUAGAGACGAAGGAGGUUUGAUUCCCUUGCAUAAUGCAUGCUCAUUCGGACACGUUGAUGUGGUACACCUGCUACUAUCAGCAGGUUCUGACCCCAAUGCUGAAGAUUGCUGGAACUACACACCUCUACAUGAAGCUGCCAUAAAAGGAAAAGUGGAAGUUUGCAUUUUGUUGCUUCAGGCAAAAGCCAAUCCCCACGCUCGAAAUUUGGAUGGCAAAACCCCUGUUGAUUUGGCUGAGGGUUCGGCCCGUUUAGCUUUGGUUGGAGAGUAUAGGAAAGAUGAACUACUUGAAGCCGCUCGAAGUGGGAAUGAAGAAAAGCUCAUAAAUCUGUUGACUCCACAAAAUGUAAACUGUCAUGCUGGAGAUGGUCGUAAAUCUACUCCAUUACAUUUAGCUGCUGGUUAUAACCGUACAAAAAUUGUGAAAAUUUUGUUAAAAAAUGGAGCUGAUGUUAUCGCUAAAGACAAAGGUGGUCUUAUUCCUUUGCAUAAUGCAUGUUCCUAUGGUCAUUUGGACGUUUGUGAAUUGUUAAUUAGUGCUGGUUAUGGUUCUGCUCAAGUACAUGCCGCUGAUUUAUGGCAGUAUACACCAUUACAUGAAGCAGCCAGUAAAUCACGUGCAGAAGUGUGUUUUCUACUUUUAGCAUAUGGUGCGAAUCCAACCCAACCAAAUUGCCAUGGAAAGUCUGCAUUAGAUUUGGUACCGAAUAAUGAUCUAAGACAGAGAUUGCUUUUUGAGUAUCGAGGAUAUGUUUUUCUUGAAGCUUGUCAAAAUGCAGACAUCCAUCAAAUUCGAAAAUUGCUGUCUUUACCCACUAAUACCAUAUCAAGCAACGCCUAUCCAAUAGCCCCACCAUUAUCAGUCAAUUUUAGUGUUCCUUCUAAUACUUGUUCUUCAAUUCAUGACGGGAAGUGCAUGCAUCAGAAAAAUUGUAAUAUUUCUUCAGUAUCGUCCUCAAGUCAACAUCAAGAAUCCAUUCUACCUAUGCCUGUUCAAAUUAAUCAGGAUCUCCUUCAUUUCCGACACCCAUUCGUCGGUAACACUGCUCUUCAUUCUGCCUGUUGUGCAACCAACUCAGGAGAGCAGACCGUGACGAAAACAUUUCACCUUGGUUCAGGUUCUUAUCCUGGAUUUCAUUCACCAGAAAAUAAACAACUUAUAUCUCAUACACAGUAUACUAAAGACUUGUCAGUCAACUCAGUUAAUCGUAAUGUUUCUCCAGUCUUGGGUAGACAGUUGAUUGAAUGGCUUAUCGAUCAAGGUAUUGCGGUCUCAGAUUGCAAUGUUGAGGGACAAACUCCUCUCCACUUAGCUGCUCGUUACGGAUAUCUUGAGGCAGCUGCUUGUUUGUUACGGCGUGGUGCUGAACCAAACGUUGCGGACUGGCAUGGUUUCACACCUUUACACCUGGCUGCUAAAUAUGGACAUUCUCAUAUCAUACAGCUUUUAGUUCAAGGAUUUGGCGCAGACUUAAGUUGUACUACUAUACCAGGAGGCCAUACCGCUGCCUCUUUGGCUUCUACUGAGUGUGUCAGACGUCUUAUUGCAGAAUUAAGUCUUAGUCCAGUGAAUAACACUCUGAGUUCUUCACAAAAAUCACCCACUGAAAAACAUGUCACUGAUUCAUCAGCCCACAAGCCUUCAGCGCCAGAUGCAGAGAAAACCCAAAAUACGGUUGUUUGUACUCAGCAAGUUAUUCCAUUUUUAGUUUGUUCUGGAUCUCAUUCACAGGACAAUUCAAACAUGUUUUAUGACCCCAAAUACUCUCAGAAACCUACUCCUAACAAUCCUUCGUCUACUAAUCGUAGCACCACUACUACUCUUCCGAUUUCAAGUACUGAUUAUGUCUCCCCAUCUGGAAGUCACAGCUGGGCGGAUAUAGUACUACAGUUGUUAGAAGCAGCUAAAUCCGGUGAUGUAGAAAUGGUUCGUCGUCUUAUUACAACACAUCAUUAUUCUGUUUGUCCGGACGGUGCUGCAAAUGAAUUGUGUACUGAAUCAUCGGAGUCGUGUACUGUUACUGCCCCACUGGAUUUAAUCAAUUGUCGUGAUAUCGAUGGUCGACACUCAACACCUCUCCACUUCGCCGCUGGAUAUAAUAGAUUAGCUAUCGUAGAAUUACUGUUACAGUACAAAGCCGAUGUUCAUGCUAAAGAUAAAGGUGGUUUAGUACCGCUGCAUAAUGCUUGUUCUUAUGGUCAUGCUAAGGUUGCUGAACUCCUUAUUCAACAUGGAGCCAAUGUUAAUGUUACUGACUUGUGGCGUUUCACCCCUCUACACGAGGCUGCGGCUAAGGGCAAGUUCGAGAUUUGUCGAUUAUUGCUCAAACAUGGUGCCGAUCCGCUGAAAAAGAAUCGCGAUGGUCAUACUCCCAUAGAUCUGGUUAAAGAUACAGACAGUGAUGUUUAUGAUCUACUACGCGGAGAUAUUGCCGUUUUAGAAGCAGCUAAGAAAGGGAAUUUAACUAAAAUAAAACGAUUAGUAACUUCAGAAAAUAUUAAUUGUCGUGAUACUCAAGGAAGAAAUUCAACACCGCUUCAUUUAGCUGCAGGCUAUAAUAAUAUUGAAACACUAGAAUUCUUACUGGAAUCAGGAGCCGAUGUAAACGCCAAAGACAAAGGUGGUCUAAUCCCAUUACAUAAUGCCAGUUCAUAUGGUCAUGUUGAUGUAGCUGCACUUCUUAUUCGCUAUGGAACUUCAGUAAAUGCUGUAGACAAAUGGGGUUAUACACCGUUGCAUGAAGCUGCUCAAAAAGGACGAACUCAGUUAUGUGCUCUUCUGCUAGCUCAUGGAGCAGACCCAAAAAUAAGAAAUCAAGAAAAUCAAACACCUUUCGAACUAGCGACAGCUGAUGACGUUAAAUCUUUGCUAUUGGAUGUAAUGCUUCAUACGACUGCAUGUAUUACAACAGUCUCAAAGGAAAAUGUUCUUUCAUCGUCGUUCAAUUCUACUACCUUACCUACAUCUAACUUGGACACAUCCUCACCUCAGCAAACAUCUUUUAGUAAUCUGUUACCAUCUAUGUCCAUCGGUCCACGAAUUGAGUGUCAAGGUCGCGAGUCUAAUUUACCGGGACCAAUUGUCCCAUCUGCAAAUAUUUCAAACCCAGUCUGUUCAUCAAAUACGGCUUUGGUUAAGUUGAAUAACUCAAGCUGUCCAGGUAAUGGUAAACUAACGACGGCAAAUUUUCUUAUGUCCCUCGGUUUGGGUCAGUUGGUCGAAUUAUUCGAAAAGGAAUUAGUAACAAUGGAUAUACUUUUAGAAAUGGGUCACGAAGAGCUGAAAGAACUUGGUGUAACUGUUUAUGGGCAUCGUCAUAAAAUUAUCAAAGGCGUACAGAAAUGGCGCUCUAAUUGUACAACACAACAGUCCCCAUUAGAUCCCAGUAAUGAUACUCGCAAAUCAUCAAGCACCUUAUACCCUUCCCCUAGUCUACAUUCUACAAGUCCAAUAACAACUCAUUUUCAUGGCGUUGGUGUAGCUGAAGCCACUCCAACUGGUCCUGCCUAUUUUCCUGCAGCAGCGGCUAAAAACACUGUGAUGAUAGAAAUCGAUUGUACAGAUUCAGAAUUCUUAGCUGUUGAGGAACAGAUUCAGAGCACAAUAAGAGAACAUAAAGAUAACUGUGGUGGGAUUUACAAACGAUAUCGUAUACUAAAAGUUGCAAGAAUUAGAAAUAAACGUCUAUGGGAUCGUUAUCUACACCGGUGUGCCGAAAUCGCUGAAGAUAAUUCUGGGCAUUAUAACGAAAGACUUCUAUUUCAUGGAUCCCCGUUUUUACAGUCUAUCGUUAUGAAGGGGUUUGAUGAACGCUAUGCAUAUAUUGGUGGAAUGUUUGGAGCUGGUAUAUAUUUCGCAGAGAACUCAUCUAAAUCGAAUCAGUAUGUAUAUGGAAUUGGUGGAGGAGCCGGUUGCCCAGCUCACAAAUCUCGUUCAUGUUACAUUUGUCCACGCCAGUUGUUAUUAUGUCGCGUUGCUUUAGGACGGUCAUUCAUUCAGUUCAAUGCCAUGAAAGUAGCUCAUGCACCCCCGGGCCACCAUUCAAUUGUUGGUCGACCAAGCGCAGGUGGACUCAAUUUCUCUGAGUAUGUCAUAUACAGAGGUGAACAAGCCUAUCCUGAAUAUCUCAUCACUUAUUUGUUAGUCCCACCUGAUCCAAAUGAUAAUGAAAAUAUGACUGAUCAAAAUCUACCAAAUCCUCUUACUCAUAAUACAAAUAUUGGACUUCUACCACCCACUAGUAACAGUGGUAUCACUAGUAUAUCAUCUAAUGUUGGUGUGGCUGUAAACUCAGUACCCUGUUACACUGUGCCUUCAAACCAAAAAAAUAUUGUAACGAGUUCCUGUGAUUCAUCUUGUGUACAAACGCCUGUUCAGUCUCUGAAACUGCCUGUUGCAAAUACUGCUACUUCUGGUUCUCUGGUUACAAGUGUAGCGCCAGCUGAUAGACAGUUGUCAGAUCCUCUUUCUUCUAUUGCAUCUACAACCCUAACCUCCUCUGCUCCAGGAGGUCCAAGUUGCCAUUCAAUCCCCUAACUAUGUUUUCACACUAUUUUAUACUUUGCAUUCUAUAGUAGAACCUUUUUGACUUAGACUACACAUAAACUAUAGUUGAUUUCUUGUUAGAUUUAAUUAAUUAUUCUUUGCCUCUUCCCUUCAAUUCCUUAUAUCUUUCACAAACAUAAACACCGUCCUUCUGUUUUGCAAAAGUGAUUUAAAACCGGUCGGUUUCUGUACAAAGUACCUAAUUUAUUUAAUAAUUGACUUACAUAACUUUGUAUAUUUGCAUGAAACUAAAGAGCUUCAUCUAGUAAUAAAAAUGAUCACAAAUGUGAGUAAAUUAUCUACGAUAAAAUGUUUACCAUGCUUUUAUAAUAAAAAUUUAUUUCCCAAUGAUCACUUGAAUGUCUGUCACUAUUAAUUAAUAAAACUGUGCACAUCUUUUUUCUUCUAAUUUG